UUGCCUUUAGACCCUAAAUUUCUUCCACUUCACACGAAGCUGGGGUCAUUUGGUACUAGCAAUCAGCCCAUGGCCAUUUAACAAAGUGUCUUGUGUGGAAAAGCUUUGUGUUCUUUCUCUUCCUUCAUCUCAAGAGAGAGAAUAAAGUGCCUGUGGAAAAGCUUUGUGCCCUUCUUCUCUUCCUUCCUCUCUGAGAGAGAGAUGGAAACUAUUCCAUCCUUUCGUUUCUUCUUACUUCUCUUGUUCGGUCUCAUCAUCCUCUUCCUUGUACUGUAUCCUCUAGAAAACUUCGAACUUCUCGACUGCUCUGUUUACAAGCCAUGGUGCAUCUCUAAGAACCGGAUUCAGGCCAAAUCAAAUCUCUUCUCACAGACACCCAGAACCAAAUCCAUAGACCACUUAACUGAGAGCCCUCAUCAUCCACUAGAUCCCCUCACCUUCCAAGAAAUCAACCUCGUCCGUGCAAUCCUCUCAUCUUACCCGCCCUUCGCCUCCUCCUCCCCCUCCCCCUCGAUCCAUUAUGUAGCGCUGGACGAGCCAGACAAGUCAAUUGUGUUGAGAUGGAAGAAAGGAGAUCCUCUUCCUCCCAGGAAAGCCACCGUGGUUGCUCUUCUGAACGGCCAGUCUCACAUCCUCACUGUCUGUCUGGAGUCCAACCAGGUCGCCGGACAUGUGACCAACCCAGCCUCGGGCUACCCUUCACUGACCGUCGAUGACAUGGCUGGUGUCCUAAACGUAACGCUGGCGAACAGAGAAGUUGGAAGAAUCAUCACUGCUCGAGGUGUGGACUUAUCCAAUGUUGCCUGCAUACCGCUUUCCACUGGCUGGUAUGGAGCCAGUGAAGAUGGGAGGAGGGUCCUCAAGGUACAGUGCUUCUCGAGCCAUGGCACGGCCAAUUUCUACAUGAGACCAAUCGAAGGGCUCACCGUGACGGUGGACGUUGACGCGAGAGAGAUCAUCCACAUCUCCAACACCGGCCAGGGCAUCCCAAUCCCCCAGGCCGCCGGCACGGACUAUCGAUACCAGGCACAGAAGAAGAAGCCACUCCACCAGCAGCUCAAUCCCAUAUCCAUGGAGCAGCCCAGAGGGCCGAGCUUCAGCGUCGAAGAUGGGCAUAUCAUAAAGUGGGCCAACUGGGAGUUCCACCUGAAGGCCGACCAACGAGCCGGAGUCAUAGUUUCACGAGCCAUGGUUUGGGAUUCCGACAGAGAGAGGCUGAGAAGUGUGAUGUACAAAGGGUUCUCAUCUGAGCUGUUUGUACCAUACAUGGAUCCUAGCGAUGGCUGGUACUUCAAGACUUACAUGGAUGCAGGCGAAUACGGCAUGGGCUUCACGGCAAUGCCGCUGGUGCCGUUGAACGAUUGUCCUCGUCAGUCUCACUACAUGGACGGCGUGUUCGUUGGGCCUGAUGGAAAUCCCUAUGUUCAAUCCAACAUGGUCUGUGUAUUUGAGCGUUAUUCUGGGGACAUCGCCUGGCGGCACUCCGAGAGCCCCAUCACCGGCAUGGAGAUUCGAGAAUCCAGGCCGAAAGUGACUCUUGUGGUUAGAAUGGCAGCAUCCGUGGGAAACUACGAUUACAUUAUAGAUUGGGAGUUUCAAACUGACGGUCUCAUUCGUAUUAAGGUUGCACUUAGUGGGAUGUUGAUGGUGAAAGCAACAGCCUACCAGAAUCUUAAUCAAGUGGCGGAGCAAGAAUACAUUGCCGGAACUUUGGUGUCAGAGAAUUUGAUCGGCGUAGUACACGACCACUACGUCACGUUCUACCUGGACAUGGACAUCGAUGGUCCAGACAACUCUUUUGUGAAAAUGAAUCUCGUCAAGGAAGAGACUACACCUGGAGAAUCGCCCAGGAAGAGUUAUCUGAAGGUUAAGCGACAUGUCUCGAAGACGGAGAAGGAUGCUCAGAUCAAGCUCAAGCUUUAUGACCCAUCGGAGUUCCAUGUCGUCAAUCCUUCCAGGCCAUCUAGGGUUGGGAAUCCAGUUGGGUACAAGAUUGUUCCCGGCGGCACGGCUGCUAGCUUACUCGACCUCGAUGAUCCUCCCCAAAAACGAAGUGCAUUCACAAAUAAUCAGAUUUGGGUGACUCCAUACAACAGGAGUGAGCAGUGGGCCAGCGGACUCCUUGCAUAUCAGAGCAAAGGGGACGACACACUUGCUGUUUGGUCUGCGAGGAAUCGUCCAAUUGAAGACAGAGACAUUGUAGUGUGGUACACUCUGGGCUUCCACCACAUACCUUGCCAAGAGGACUUCCCCAUCAUGCCUACAGUUUCAUCAAGCUUCGACCUGAAACCCGUCAAUUUCUUCGAGAGGAAUCCCAUCCUCCAAGCCCAACCUAGGUUUCCCAAGGACCUACCAGUUUGUAGGGCUGCUGAUUCAGCCUGAUCAGCGCUUAUUUCUCGAGUUCACAUCUCCGCCCCACAAGGGGCCGCCCCAUAACUCACAGUACAUCUCUGUGGUGUAUUGGAAACAUUUUCUGAUGAUAGUAUCAGAAUUGAUGAUGUCAUUAUCGGAAAAUAUUCACAAUACACGACGGAGAUGUGCUGUGGGAUGUUGUGGGACGGCCCCUUGUGGGGCUGAGAUGUGAACUCCUAUUUCUCUUCUUUUGUUUUGUUCUGUUUUGUAUGUUUUUGGUUACAUUUAUCAUGAAACCAUGUUCUUUUUGUAUAUUUA